UAAUGGAACGACUCGUUCGCUGCGAGAGCGGCAGUCGUACAAAAAUUUCAAUAUUAUAAAGACAUGUCUUUUAUUGUCAUAAGUUCCUUCCGUUUCGAUUACAUCAUGUGUGAUUUGAACAUAUGGGUGCAGGGAUAAAAGGCAUCCCAAACGUAAAAAUCUUCGAUCUCGCGAGCGGAAAGAGAGGUUAUGUCGCACGUGAGAAGCGCGUUAAUUUGUUCACGGUGACACUUGAGGAUCUUGACGAGCCGUAUAAGAAUGUCGCAGGAGAAACCGUGUCGUGCUUGUGUGGACUUCCGAACAUGGGCGAAACGCCAGAAGGAGGUCUAUGACUCGGAGAAGGGAGUACAAAAAAAGCAGGACCAAACACCAAUUGGUAAGAAUGACGGUGACAAUACUCGUCGAGAGGAUUGUCCUUUAGACAAGGAUGAGCUGGGUUCGAAGACCUGGGCCUUCCUGCACACUAUGGCGGCAUAUUAUCCUGACAAACCAAGCGAGAGACAAAAGACUGACAUGAACAGUUUCUUUCACACAUUUUCCAAAUUUUAUCCCUGCCAGAUAUGUGCGGAAGAUCUGCAGGAGCAACUUAAACACACGCCGCCGGAGACCGGAUCCCAGGAGAAACUGAGUCAAUGGCUGUGUAGAAUUCACAACGAGGUCAACAAGAAACUAGGGAAACCAAAAUUUGAUUGUAAACUAGUAAAUCAGAGGUGGAGAGACGGUUGGUUGGAUGGUUCUUGUGAUUGAUAAUUAGCAAAUAAUAGUUUUAAAUAAAAUAGAACCUGAAGUACAA